AUGAGAGCCUUUUCGGUCCUACGACGACAACGCCAUCCUGCCCGUCGCUUCUCGACGGCACCAUCCUUGCAUAGUUGGCUGACAGCCACGAACUCGGACGACUCAUGUUUGGAAGAGGAAAUUGCUCGACUGAAUGGUGGCACUCCCAUCAAUGUCAAUAGUCCUCUCCAAGUUUCACGGGCCAUUUUUGGUGUCGAGGAUCAAAGUACCAGAAAGAAAGUACUGCAAGAAAUUGCCAGUAAUCCCGAAUUUUCAAGCCAGACACAGCGUCUGGCAGAAUUGGUGUUGAAACAGCGAGACCAAAAUAGUCGAGCGGCAAAGGCCAGUCCAAGUACUGCCAAAAGAAGAAACAAUAGUAGCAAUGGUCAGUUACAGACAGAAAGUACCUUAAGUUGUCCUGCUUUUGAAAUGGAAGGACCAAUAAUGUCUCCGGCGGAACCAACCACAACCACAACAAUCCACACUCCACAAGAACAACAUCAGGAAAAGAUGUCACGGAAUGAUUGGAACUACCACGCCAAACUGAUAGACUCGCUGUUUGCCAAGAACAACAACAAUAAUGAUUGUCCGAGAAUCAAUGACUAUUGGAAGGAACCACUCCAACAAGUCACCCGGCCACCAGCCAAAGCAUUGAUUGAACAAUUGCAUGCCGACUGUCCCAUGGGAUUCGACCCCUUGGCCGUGCCGUUGGAUCUUUUAUCCAGAACUACUACUACAACCAGCAGUCGCGACACGACGGCGGGCAAAAAGGGAUCCUUCUUGCACACAUGCCGUACAGCAAAGGAAAACCAUCCCGAUUGUAUCAUUGUGACACGAUGUGGCGACUUUUACGAAACCUACGGCAUUGACGCCGUUCUCAUGGUGGAACAUUGUGGUCUAAACGCAAUGGGAGGCAAAGCCAAAGCCGGUGCGCCCCAUCGAGGAAUCCAACCCUUGUUGGAUUUGUUGACGGCCCAAGGAUUCUCUGUCGCCAUUUACGAAGAAGCUGCCGACACGCAAACCGCGGCCAAUGUGAAAACGCUGGCACGCAAGAAACGGUAUCUGUCACAGAUUGUUUCGCCGGCAUCACCGACUUAUCUCUAUUCGCACAAUGUUGUGUUGGAUGAGAGCGGUUGUAGUAGCAAAGUGUCGGCUCGACCGUACAUGGGUGUCUUGUCGACAGCCGUGGCGGGAUACACACUCGUGGAAGUGAGUUGCGACGAACGAUCCGUUCAAGUAUCGGAACGAUUGACGGCCGAAGCCGUGGCAUGUCGUUUGGCGGCCAAUCCACCCGCAUCGCCCUUGUAUUGGAUUCCUCCUCCGCUCAACACAGUUGCGACAUUAUUAUCGAAACCACCGUUUUUGCCAUCGUCGUCUCGUGGUGUCGUGGCGGCCGUCAAAAUCAUUCCUCCGGCACUGGUACCCACGGCGGGUCACAAUGAUCAGGAACGAGCCAAAGAGGCCAUUCUGACAGAAGUCAUCCAGCGAAUCGGUUUUGGAGGACACAAUGAGGAUGACGACGAUGAAAGCCCCACAGCCACAAUUUCGCCUGAUGACUUUGUCAUGAUUUCCACCAAUGCAUCUUUAUCCUCGACGGCUACCCAAACGCAACCACUGCAUGUCGAAACAGCGGCACAGCUUGGGUUGUUGCACGACCCGGCCAUUCCAUCGUUGUUGCACAGUGUCCUGCCCGAUUCGGCACCGGCGGCCACGCGGAGAUUUGUACGGCGCUAUCUAUUGACACCACCACCAGUUCCCGUCUGCGACGCCAUGGGCACACUGGUGAGCUUUCUCAAAUCCGAUCAAAGCACAUCGCUGCCACCCUUGUCGGUGCCGUCGUUGGGCAAGGCAUUGUCGUUGAUUCGAGCGGGACAAGCCAGUGCGCAUGUCUAUGGGGAACAGUUGCACGCCAUGGCCGCCACGGUGGCGCUUUUGGAAUUGGGAGAAAACAAUAACCAGGAAGUACAGGAGCAAAUGGUAGAUCCAUUACUGACCAUUCUGCAACACGAAACCGGCAUGGCGGCCGAAUGUCAAUCCCUCAAAACGAGAUGUUUGGAGGCUAUCGAGAUAAUUGAGGGAGUCGUGAGUCCUGCACAUCAUGCUUCAAGGAACACAGGUCGCCACAGGCGAGACGACACUAUAUCCUACUUUGGAGAAUGGAUCCCGUCAGUGUUUUUUGAGCGCAACGAAGCUUCCUGGCGAGGACGAGUGCAACCACAUGUAGUGGCAGAGUCGUACCAAGCAGUUCACUAUGCAGGGGAACGAUUGGCUGCCGCGGUUGCCAGGGAUUUUUAUGGUGUAGAAUCUCUACAGGACAAAGCAGCACUUGCUCAGCUACCGAUUCAACCAAUGCACGACGCAAGGAACAAUCUACUGUGCAUCAAACGGAUUCCAAGUGGGGCACAUGAUCCCAAGCUGUAUGUGCCUCCACGAGAUCGAAAAGGUACCGCGAUGAAAGGGGCAUACACGACUGAAGCCGUGCAGAAUGCACUUUCUGACUAUGUUUCUGCGUGUGAUGCGGCCUGCCAGCAAGUUAUCCAUGCGUUGAGCCAGUUGAGUCAAGACCUCCACGACAAAGGGCAUAUCCCUGCUGUGGUCCAGGCGGCUCAUGCCAACCUGAUUGUGUCCACUGCAUUUCAUCAUGCACAAAAGGCUAACACCAUGGGAUGGAGCCGUGCGCAAGUCUGCGAAGACGGUGAUAGCGCUGCUAACAUUGAAGGAGUAUGGCCGUACUGGAUGCACAAGUCUGAGGCCGUGACCAACACCUUUGAAAUAAAAGAUCUGUUUGUACUUACAGCCCCCAACAUGGCUGGCAAGUCUACUAUUAUGCGCUCCGUGGCUUCAGCCGCCCUGCUGAGUGUUUGUGGCUUUUGCGCUCCAAUGCAACCAUCCUCUCAGGUGCGGCGAUUUGACCAAAUCUUUGUUCGGGGGGCUAGCUCCGAUGUACCCACAGAAAACAAAUCAGCAUUUGGUGCAGAGAUGGGGGACGUUGCUUGUCUCCUGCGGUGCUGUGGUCCCAAGUCACUGGCGUUUGUGGAUGAGCUGGGACGAGGAACAUCACCGAAAGACGGUACCCGUCUCGCUGCAGCAGUGUUGGAAGCCAUGGCCAAAGCAGGAAUCAGCGGCGUCUUUGCUACUCACAUGCACGGGAUAUUUCAGCUUCCCUUGGAAUGGGAAAGGAUCGCAAAAAAGCAAAUGGCAAUCCAUGAUGAAGAAUACGUUGAUGAUGAAAACGAAACGAGACACCACCUCAAGUGGACCUACAGGUUGAUUGAUGGGGUUUGCAAUGAUAGUAUGGCACUCGAAACAGCCAGGCAGUUUGGGCUUCCUAAGGAGGUGAUAGCACGAGCCGAGGAACUGUCAUCCUUUGUAGAGAAUUCUCAUGCAGUGCCAAUCACAGAAACCAAUGACCACUUCAAUGGCAUUUUUCACGGGUUCUCUAAGAAAGAACCAACCAUGGUUGAGCCCGACCCAGAAGAACAUCACGACAUGAGUGAAGUUCGCGAUCUUGUCGCUCAAACGAGUGGUCAGGCACCUGUGUCUAUUCGACCUGGUUGGAAUCCUCCAGCCGCCCUGGAAGGUCACUCCUGUGUGUACGUCCUGCAGCUCGCAAACGGAGGGCGCCCUUCCUAUUACGUUGGCGAGACAGAUUCCGUUCAACAACGUCUGAAACAACACCGAAGGAAAAGUGGGGCAUGGAAGAGGGCACAUGCCAUUGCGUUUCCCGUUUCAGGUGGAAAAUCCGAGGCUCGAGAGAUGGAGAGCAUUUUGAUACAAAAGCUGAGGCAAGGAGGAUACAACAUGGAGAGCAUUCAUGAUGGAAGAUCACUACGGUCAGCACGACAACAUUAG